AACGUUAGAUAUUAAAAUUGUUUGUUGAUCUGAGUUUUGUCCGCGUUACAAUUGACUGGCGAUAGAUAUGUGACAUAAAAUGGAAGACAUAUACAGUAUUUUAUCUCUAUUUAGGACUGCAACAACGUGGUUAAAUGUUUACAUCAGAUAACAUGUAGUACAUGUACGAGCGUUUAUCUGUGCUAUAAAUGAAAAUCCGAAGGAAAACACUUUUGUUCAACAACAUAUUUCAUACACAAGUGAUUUAAAUAACUGGCAAUGGAGAAUAAAAUCAAUAUUCGCCUUCACAGAAAUGAAGACAUUAAGUUCUUGUUGGAGAUGACCUCUGAAGAAGGAUGGAGUUUUUCUGAAAUUGAUUGUAGUGCUAGCUUGAAAGCUGAUCCUAAAGGAUUACUUGUAGCAGAAGAUGAGACAGGAUUGCCAACUGGAUUUAUUGGCCUUUUCAACAUGUCGCCUAAUAUGACGUAUGUAAAUGUUUUCGUUGUACGAAAAGAUAUGCGUGGAAGAGGGAUCGGAAAAAAAUUGUGGGCAGCCAUGUUAGAGGCCACUAAAGACAAUAUUUUAGUACUUGAUGGCAUUUCAGACAUGAAAGAGUGGUAUAAACAGCAGGGAUUCUCUUAUGAAGGAUACCGUGCGAUUUUCUGCCAAGGAACAAUUUCUUCUAACGAAACUGCAUCUUUGCAAAACUCAUAUAACAUCGUCCCUCUCUCAGAUGAUAUAUGGCCAGCUCUAAUUGCAUAUGAUAAGCAGGUUUAUCCUUAUUCCAGAGAACGUGCCCUGCAGGCUUGGUUUUACGGUGCCGACAGAUAUAGUGUCGUAGCUCUCCUCGACAAAUGUGUUGUUGGUUAUGUGAAUUGUCAUUGGAAAUCUGAGAAGAAAUGCAACAUCCGGGCAUUAAACGCUGAUAAUGACGUCAUUGCGGAAGCGUUACUAUCGAAUCUACUAAAUAAUAUUUCUCUGGGAUCAGUAGUUUCUUUUAAUUUGCUUGGAGAUAAGCCAAUACCAAAGUGUUUACCAGAAAUAAAGUCCUUUAAAUAUGUGCAUAGACUAUUUACAAAAGGCAUGCCUGGUAUUAGGUCUGAGAAAAUAUUUUUUCCUACGGCUCAUAUGAUUUGAAAAGACACAAGUUUAAAUGGAUAAAAUCUAGCGAUAUGUACAUCUAGCGAUAUGUACAGUAGCUUUUGAAAAACAAUAUUGGAAAAUUCCUUACAAUACCUAAAAUCGUGUUUUGGGUUUUUCUAUUGUGGAUUUAUCAUUUCUUUUCCCUUAGAGUUCACAAAAUCAAGCAGAUGUGCGGAAUUUUAUUAUCUUGUCUUAAAGUUAGAUGUUGCCAUUUCGCGGCCAUUGAUCGAUAUCGUCAUUAGACUGUCCAAACUGGUUUUGGUAUUGAUACGCAGAUCACAGAUCACCAAUCCUGCUUCUUUGUCAAAUCGAGGCCAAGAAGUUUUUACUUUCGAAGAACGCUUGAAAUGUUUUAACUGGCGAAACGUCAAAAAUCUUACCUUUAUUUGUUGAACAAGAAUCUUCUAUCAUAAGUGUUUGGGAAAUACCUGGCAUCCGAUUUAGAACAAACGAAUAUUUAGAAUGUCGCAUUUUCAUCACUCGUAUUGUUUUCGCCACUUCGAUCGCAAAUCAGCCGCUUGGUUAAAGUGGCGACCUGAAUAAUUUAAACUCUUGCUGUAUAAUCGAUUAUUGUCAAUAUAGUGUGAUGCCAGAAUCGUUUGGCAAUAUCGCAUCUUUUAGAGUUUACUCAGGCCUGCAACAUUUUGGAAGCCCGUUCAACUCUGUUCACAGUUAUUCAGUUUAAUCUCUUCCACGGUAAGGGAAGCUGUGCUUGAGAAUAUCGAAGGCAUUUGUCGAAGUUUGCUGCCUUACGAAAUAAUACGAAUGUUACAAGAUUUGAUUUUAUGUAUCAGACACGAAGGUUAUAGCUUGUUUGAACAAUAUGCCACAUAAACGUAUUAUAUUUGGUGACUGAUGUCUGAGUACUAGUGUGGUAUUGACAAUUGUGUCAAGAGUAGCUGACAAACUAUGUCAUAUAUCUACAAUAAUCAUUUAGUAUUAGAUAUUAUCACUUUUUCAAUACUUUUGUAAAAUCCUGUUCCUUAGAAAAACACAAAAUACACACAAAGUGAAUGAAUGUAGUGCUGUACUACCGCCCCAUUUGCUUUAACUAAAACGUACUGAUAAGCUUUCCAUUUAUUCCAUUAUGAAUUUAGAUGUGUUUUUUUUUCUAGAGCAAUACCGAAUUUUCAAAAAGAAUUAUAAUGCUGUAAAUUUUCCACUAUAAAUCACAGAAUUAAAUCUAUUUUUAAAUAAAUAUUACAAAGAUGA